UUUUUCACGUGUAAUGGCCUUAAUUGUGUUUAUCAGAAAGUGAGAUGUAAAUCAGUACCGUAGUUGGAAUUUGGAAUCAGUAGAAAAUAUUGUGCAAAUGACUUUGUAAAACUUUUGCACGGUUCGGCAUGUAAUGCAGUUUUAAUAGGAAACAAUAAAAAGAGUGGCGGACAUAUUUAUUCAGAAUGACAGAUCAGGAUGUGAAUAACAAUAACAGCUUGCCGUUGCGAGAAAAUCUGGUGAAAACUGCGGUGCAAUUUUUGCAAAAUCCCAAGGUAGUGUCAAGUCCGUCUACGCAAAAACAACAAUUUCUCAGGAGAAAAGGUCUCACGGAUGAGGAGAUCAAGACGGCUUUCAAACUAGCAGCGGUGGACAACACGACCGAGAGAGAUCUAGUCUUUCACAAUCAGAAUCCGUAUACUUCCGUACAGAUACCGCAAGGACCCACCUAUCCGUAUAAUUAUCAAACAGCUGUUUAUCAACCUACAAUUUUACAAAAAGUCAAAGAAUUCUUUAAUGUAACCGCAUUGAUUGGCGCUACAGCCUACUGUGUCUAUUUGUUUUACAAGAAAUUUAUAGAACCCUUCCUGUUCGGUCGGAAGAUUACGGUAGAAGAUAGAGUAACGGAAUUAGACAAAACUAUUCAGAAUUCUAUGAAAGAGAUGAAAGAUUCUAUCGCAAAGGUGGAAAGCGACGUGCAAAAAUUGACCGAGCAUCAAGCACUGGAUCCGACCAUUCCGCAAUUAGUGCAAGAGCUAAAACAUGAUUUAUCUAGUCUGAAAGCGCUACUUUUAUCAAGGAAGCAAUUUCCUAGCGCGCCGGCAUCUAUUCCACCAUGGCAAUUAGAUGCGACAAAUGUAAGUCAAGAAAAAACCACCGAACGAGAAGAUGACGCUGGAAGUGGAAGUAGUACCAACAAUUCGGAUAGUUCUUUAGAAAUGAUUCGAGAAGACACACCCAAAGAAUAAAUUUAAAAAAAAACCUCAUCUACGGUGUCGCGUAGAACAGAAUCUUCGAUAUACAAGAGAUAUGCAUUAUAUUUUGUAAAAAGAUUCUAGUUACAAAAAACAAUUUAUACUGAAUAAAACUUAAUUUAAUUGCAUGUGUUAAUAAUAUCGACCUGUAUAAUUCUUGGUGGAAUUGAUCAUGUAAAAAUGUUGUAAUAUUUAUCAUAACGUGUUUUUAUUAUAAAGAACAGCUUUGUAAGUUUUACAAAUUGGUUUGAGAAAAAAGAAACAAGUUAAUGUUAGUUAUAUAAUUUGUAAUGAUACAGCGAAUAAAUAAUAAUUGGAACGAA